AUGGACGCCACGUCUACGGUGGGCUUCUUCAGCGUGUGGGACUACGCGGUCUUCGCCCUGAUGCUGCUGGUCUCCGCGGCGAUCGGCGUGUACUACGCCUACGUGAACCGCGGGCCCCAGAGCUCCAGCGACUUCCUGAUGGCGGGCCGCAGCAUGACGGCCGUUCCCGUGGCGAUGUCGCUGUCGGCCAGCUUCAUGUCGGCCAUCAUGGUGCUGUCCACGCCGGCGGAGGUGUACCGCUACGGCGCCACCUACUGCCACUACGGACUGGCCUUCGUUAUCAUGGUGGCCGUCUGCUCCGAGGUCUUCCUGCCCGUCUUCUACCGCCUGGGAAUCACCAGCACCUACGAGUACCUGGAGAUGCGCUUCAACAGAGCGGCGCGUCUGUGUGGGACGGCCUUGUUCAUCCUGCAGACAAUUCUCUACACUGGGAUUGUCAUCUAUGUCCCAGCUCUGGCACUGAACCAAGUGACUGGCUUUGACCUGUGGGGGGCAGUCAUAGCUACAGGAGUGGUGUGCACCUUCUACUGCACCCUGGGCGGGCUGAAGGCCGUGGUGUGGACAGAUGUGCUGCAGGUGGGCGUCAUGAUUGCUGGGCUCCUAGCGGUCAUCAUCAAAUCAGUGAUGCUGCAGGGCGGCAUGGCAACCAUCUUCAACGACGCCACGGAGGGGGGACGUCUUGAUCUCUGGGACUUUGACCCGAACCCUCUGAGACGACACACCUUUUGGACGGUCACGUUUGGAGGAGCGUUUGUGUACCUCAGCAUCUAUGGCACCAACCAGGCCCAAGUGCAGAGAUACGUCUCCUGCAAGACCCUUGGCCACGCCAAAAUGUCCCUGUAUGUGAACCUGAUUGGCCUGUGGUUGAUCCUGCUGUGUUCAGUGCUUGCUGGCUUGUGCCUCUACUCCGUCUACAAGCACUGCGACCCCUGGACCAGCGGCCUAGUCUCCUCAGCAGACCAGCUGAUGCCGUACCUAGUGAUGGAUAUCUUGCGGGAGCAUCCUGGUCUUCCCGGACUGUUCGUGGCUGCUGCAUACAGCGGCACUCUGAGCACCGUCUCCUCCAGCAUCAACGCACUGGCUGCCGUAACAGUGGAGGACUUGGUGAAGCCGUACAGCAACCUGACGGAGAAACAGCUCUCCCGCCUCUCCAAAACCCUCAGUCUGGUGUACGGGGCAGUGUGCAUCGGAAUGGCAGGGUUAGCCUCUAUUGUGGAUAGCCUAAUACAGGCGGCGGCCAGUAUCUUUGGCGUGGUCGGAGGGCCUCUGCUGGGUCUGUUCAUGCUGGGCAUCCUGUGCCCUUUCGCCAACGCCACGGGAGGUCUGACAGGCCUGUUCUGUGGGCUCGUGCUCUCUCUGUGGGUUGGCAUCGGUGCCCAGCUCUACCCGCCGCUGCCCUCCUUGAGCCGUCCGCUGGCGCUGGCCACGUUCGGGUGUAACAGCUCAGUGGGCAUCCUCCUCAACGGCACCGCGAGCGCCAGUUCUCUGCCGCUGGGCAACUUCUCCAGCACUCUCCUCAACACCGACCACCACAGCGGGUUAACUCUGCUGGAUAGCUGGUACUCUGUCUCCUACCUUUACUUCAGUCCUAUCGGCACUCUCACUGCACUGGGUGUCGGGGUCAUCGUCAGCCUGCUGGCAGGAAACAAGGAAUGCAAAUCUUCAGCAGGAUUAACCCUGUGCAAGGAGGACCUCACACUCUACUGUCUACUGAGACUCCUGAAAGAGAAGCUGUGCCCCAGUGCAGGUGAGCUGGAGCUGAGCAGAGAGUUGGAGCUGAAGGAGAAGUUUGGCCAGAACAACCCGGCCUUCUGCACCGUGGAGCUGAGCCCUACUUCAUACGCCACUGGGCCUUCUAUGUAG